GGCAACUUCCAAAACACGAGGGGGGAAACUCGCACGGAGUCUUAAAUGUGUGUAGAUAAAUGGUCGAUAGAUGUUGUAGUACUUUUAAUGUUCCUCGUUUUAAUUCAGCAGUAUAUUUAUAUAUCGCUAUAUGUCAAUUGCUAGUUUUUAUUUCUAUUGUCCGGUUGAAAAAGUAUCGAUAAGAUUGAAGGUUUUGCAGUUAGGUCUCGGUUAGAUCCUGUAGACUGGUGUCACUCAUGCUUCUGUAAUCAUUAUGAUUGAUUACAGCGAGCGGAAUAUUGUUCCUUUAGCUGAUAUUAUCUUCUAUCAGGGUGAAGAGAGCGAGAUGACAAUACACUGCUUGUGCUCCAGAGCUUAUGUCAAUGAUCGAGAACUGUAUCGGUCAGAUUUUAAAGCCAUACUGAAUCAGGCUGACAGUCAAUUGCAAGUAGAUUUUAAAGCUUAUGAUGGGGAAGAGCUUUCUGAGGACCUUAACUGUUCUGUGAAUGAUGAUGAUGAUGAGGAGGAGGACGAGGAAGAAGAGGCUGUUGUUGAUGAAGAGACCAUGCUUAUGGCCAGUUUGGGGCUUCCUGUGGAGUUUGCCAGCUCAUCAAAACAGAGGAAAGCUAGCCAAGUUUUAGCGAGAGCGAAGAACAAAAGAAUCCUGAAGCUUUUGGAAUCCCCCUCAGAUUAUGACUCUGAACAGAAACGCCAGUGUGACAUCGCUGAGACCCCUGCCGAACAAACGUGUCCCGCGUCGGAGGAGGCCUGGCUGAGCUACUGGAAACAGCAAGGGGAAGGUCUGCUUUGGCAGAGCUGGCAGGAGAAACAAGCUAAUAUCUCCAGCAGUUCGACACUGGACUCUUCCUGCCCAGAGGCGGACUGGGAGGAGCACUGUCAACAAACAUACCAGUACUACUGGGAGCAGUUUUACUACUGGGUUGCCCAAGGUUGGACAGUGGACGAGACCUACAGCACUGCAGCUUCUAAGGAAUAUCAGGACAGCCCGGGAGACACAGAAGCCCUCGAGAAUCAAACAGAAGAAAGGUCAAAGGCGGAUGUCACACAUCUCAUAAGCGGCCUGAGCUUAUUGACUGAGGAAGUAGACGGCGAGAACGGUGACCGGCAGUCUUCGGUCUGUAGCUGCGCUGAUGAGCCCUGUGAUGGAGGAAACCGCAAAAGGCCAUCGCCGCGUACAGCCUGCACUGACAAGUCUGAUGGCAACGUGAAACAGACUUCUGCGCCACUGAGUAAUCGGAGUGGACAGCCCAUAAAGAGCAGAUCUAACGCCGAAGAUCAGAGUGAUGAUGAUGAUGAUGAACCUCCAGGGAACAGACAAGCCAAAGUCAAAAGAGCUCAUGAGCUGGAUGUCGAGGAGCUUGCGGAGGUGUCGGUCGAGGAAGCAUGGGAUGCUCUUGGCCUGAGACGUGGUUCACAGCCCAAGUUUGACAGUGUUGUGAAGCUGAAACAAGGCCAAGCUCCAUACGCUGGCAGAAGGAGUGAGGAGAACAGAAAACCUCCCGAGGAAAGAAAAAAAGCAGCCUGCAAAAUCAACAAGCACAUCUUCUUUACUGAUGAUGAACCACAAACCACAAAGCCAAAGAUCAGCAGAGUCCUUCAAAAAGUCCAGAGUUUCCUUCAGCAGGUUCAGACUGAAGCUGACUCUGCUGAGGUAACUCCAACCUCCAUGCCUGAAGCCCUGACCGAGCCAUGCGAGAGAGCAGAAGAUGGAAGUCUACGAAAGAAAGACGAGGAAAAAACUGAUGAAACGGAGUGUGAGAAGACUCCUCAGCUCAGCAGAAGAUUGGAAGAAAGUGAGAAACCUCAGCAGAAUAUUCAGCCAGACCCCGAAGAAAGACAGGACAGCGAUUCAGAUCCCAGAGGAGAGCUGCAGCCCUUAGACGUCCCUGACUUCUUACUCCCUGACGCUCCUGAAGAUGCUGAGGGAGCAGAGAGCGUGCAGGCCUCUAAAAAGAACAAGAGAAGAAAACGGAAAAGGAGAAAGGAUGUGGAGAUGCCACCUGAGAUUGCAGCAGAACCUGAGCUGGCCAAGUACUGGGCACAACGCUACCGUCUGUUUUCCAGGUUCGAUGAGGGCAUCAAACUGGACUAUGAGGGCUGGUUCUCGGUGACUCCUGAGAAGAUAGCAGAGCACAUCGCUCUGAGAGUGCAGGACAGCUUCAGCACGGAGCUCAUUAUCGAUGCCUUCUGUGGUGUGGGCGGCAAUGCCAUUCAGUUUGCCCUCAUUGGUAAAAGAGUGAUCGCCAUCGAUAUCGACCCCGUACGGCUAGCUCUGGCGCAGCACAAUGCAGAAGUGUACGGUGUGGCGCACCAGAUAGAGUUUGUGCAGGGGGACUUCCUGCAGCUGGCUCCACGCCUGCGAGGAGACAUGGUUUUCCUCAGUCCCCCGUGGGGAGGACCAGAGUACCUCAGUGCUGACGUCUUCAACAUCCAGACCAUGAUGACUCUUGAUGGAUUUGAAAUUUUUAGCUUGUCAAAGAUGAUUUCAGACAACAUCGUCUAUUUUCUUCCUCGAAACGCAGACAUGGAACAGAUCGCGUCGCUCGCCGGCCCAGGUGGGAAGGUGGAAGUUGAGCAGAACUUUCUGAACAACAAACUCAAAACGAUUACUGCAUACUUUGGCAACUUAAUUAAGUUAAAAACAUAAAACCUUUUUUGUGUCCUGUCUUUGACAGUCAUUUAUGUUAGCUGUAAUUUAACCACUUAAAUUGUACACAGUAUCUGCCGUUUACCGUUUUGUAAAUCCAGCGAUGGUGAAUUUUACAUCAAAUUUACAUUUUAUAUGUUUUUGUGAUGCCGCUACUAUAAUGCUUAUUUUAGAUCUGUUUUUUCCAUCAUUGAUAUUUACCUAUUAAAGUUGAUUUAAAGACA